AUGGCCGCCUUCCCGCCCCCUCCGGUCAACACCAUUGACUGGUCCAACGUCGGCUUCAAGGUCCGCGAAGUCAACGGUCACAUCGAGUCGACCUACUCCGUCUCGACCGGCCAAUGGACGCCCCUCAAGUUCGUCGCCGACCCCUUCAUGCGCAUCCACGGCAUGGCACCCGCCCUCAACUACGGCCAGCAGGCCUACGAGGGCCUCAAGGCCUUCCGCGCCCCCGGGGACCAGACCAUCAACAUCUUCCGCCCGGACAAGAACGCCGUGCGCCUGCAGCACUCGGCCGACGUCGUCUCCAUGCCCCGCGUGCCCGAGGACCUCUUCCUCGCCGCCUGCAAGGCCGCCGUCUCCCUCAACGCCGGCUACGUCCCGCCCCACGAGACGGGCGCCGCCAUGUACAUCCGCCCGCAGCUGUACGGCUCGUCGGCCCAGCUCGGCCUGAGCCCGCCCGAGGAGUACGUCUUCGCCGUCUUCGUCAUCCCCACGGGCGUCUACCACGGCACCCACCCGGUCAAGGCCCUCAUCCUCGACGACUUUGACCGCGCCGCCCCCAACGGCACGGGGCACGCCAAGGUCGGCGGCAACUACGCGCCCGUGUUGCGCUUCAGCGACCGCGCCCGCACCGAGGGCUACGGCAUCACGCUGCACCUCGACAGCGUCCGGCACGAGGACAUUGACGAGUUCAGCACGAGCGGCUUCAUCGGCGUCAAGAAGCAGGGCGACGACGACGUCACGCUCGUCGUGCCGGACUCCAAGUGCGUCAUCGACAGCGUCACGAGCGACAGCAUCCAGCACAUUGCGCGCAGCUUCGGCUGGAAGGUCGAGAAGCGAGUGAUCAAGUACGGCGAGCUGCCCACCUUUUCCGAGGUCAUGGCGGCGGGCACGGCGGCGGCGCUGGUGCCGAUCCGGUCCAUCACGCGACGGGUCGAGGCGACCUCGCCGCAGUCCCUCGUGGCGGCGGCGGGCGCCCAGGAGCGGGUCAGCAGCGCCAAGGCCGGCGAGGAGACGGUGACGUUCAUCCCCGAGGGCCAGGAUGAGGCGGGCGACAUCUGCCUCAGGCUGCUGUCGACGCUCAAGGGCAUCCAGCUCGGCAAGCUCAAGGACGAGUUCGGAUGGAACGUUGCUGUCGGCGCGGCGGACGGCACGGCGGUCGUCGGUGAGCAGAAGACGAACGGGUCGGCGUAG